CGUCUCCUCUCCAGAGCCAGAGCAGAGCGGGGAGAUGCGCACACUGGAGGCACAGCAGCAUAGAAAUGCGCACCGCGCCGAGCCUCAGCCGGCGUUAGCCCCGCCGUCCCUCCAGCAGCUCCGGCCGGGGCGUCGCUGCGGUGCUUUCGGGAGGAAAUGGCCAACUUUGACACACUUUGCAUGAGGUGGAGGACGCUCGUCGCUGAUGCGAGAGCCGUGCUGCCGAGCGGCUGAACUGGGAGCACAAUAACAGAGACUUGGGAGGGAGAAAGGAGGAGGUGAAGGAGGAAGGGGGUCCUGAUUUCGGUGUAUCUGUAUUCCCACUUUGGCUGUGAGAGAUGAUCACGGAGCUGGUGUGCACCGCCGUGGCCGUGGCUCUUUAUCUGAACACGCUGGACGCAGAUUUCUGCUACGAUGACAGUCGAGCCAUAAAGACCAACCAGGACCUUCUAAGCGAGACUCCUUGGACGAACAUCCUGUACGAUGACUUCUGGGGAACUCAGCUGACUCACAGCGGCAGCCACAAAUCUUUCCGUCCACUCUGCACCCUCUCCUUCCGCCUGAACUACACCCUGCACAGCUUGCGACCUUUUGGCUACCACCUGCUAAACGUUGUGCUGCAUGGCCUGGUCACAGCACUCGUCACGGCCUUUAGUCGCACCCUGCUGGGUGGGGGCCUGUGGUGCCUCUUGGCGGGUCUUCUUUUUGCCUCCCAUCCCGUGCACACCGAAGCGGUGGCCGGUGUGGUAGGAAGGGCGGAUGUUGGAGCUGCUCUGUUUUUCUUGUUGUCUCUCUUUUGCUAUGCGAGACAUUGCAGACUCAGGAGGGGUCUGGCUGGAGUCUUCCAGAGCCUCGAUUGUGGUGGCAGCUCAGCGGCCAGAUGCUGGGGCUGGAUGCUGUGCAGCCUGUGUUGUGCAGCUGCCAGCAUGCUGUGGAAGGAGCAGGGCGUGACGGUUCUGGCUGUGUCUGCCGUGUACGACCUCUUCAUUUUCCAGAGGCUCCAAUUUGGUCCGGCAGUCCUCCUGCUGUUAGGAAAGAGAAGGAACCUCCGUGUGUUGUUGAGUCUCGGUAUGUUGGCCUCGUGGGGGGCCUUUCUACUGUCAGCUCGACUCUACUGGAUGGGAAACAAGCCUCCUAACUUCUCCAACUCUGAUAACCCAGCGGCGGACUCACCACAUUUUCUUACAAGAAUGCUCACAUUUUUAUACCUACCUGCUGCCAACACUUGGCUACUCCUCUGCCCAGACAAGCUCAGUUUCGAUUGGUCCAUGGAUGCAGUGCCAUUGGUGAAGUCCUUUGCUGACUGGAGGAACCUCCACACGGUUGCCUUUUAUGGUGGAUUUAUCCUACUGGGUUUGGUUGGUCUUAGAGUUCCAGUUUCUCCAGCAAAGGAGUCCAAUGGAAAAGAGCAUGUAGCAAAUGGGAAAUCUGUCACCAACGGGAAUGGCUACCACCCCUCUGAAACACAUCAAAACUCAGAACAUACCAAGAUGACCCUAAAUGGGUCAGGUGAACACAGUCAUUGCUCUCCACCAACAUCCCUGCCCCCCACUGAAAGCAUAGUGCUGUUUUGUCUGGGCAUGUUGACAUUGCCUUUCAUCCCGGCCACCAACCUCUUCUUCUACGUAGGUUUUGUGAUUGCAGAACGGGUACUUUACAUCCCCAGUAUUGGCUUUUGCAUUUUGGUUGCUGCCGGUGCUCGAACAUUGUAUGUGAGACUAAGGACUAGAGGGUUCAAGACUGUAAUGCUGUGUUUGUGCAUGGGUCUUGUGUUGUUGAAUGGGCUCAGAACAGUUCAAAGAAACAAAGAUUGGAACAAUGAGGAGAAUCUCUACAAGUCUGGAAUUAAAGUGAACCCUGCAAAAGCCUGGGGCAACUUAGGAAAUGUUCUGAAGAACCAGGGCAAGAUGGCGGAGGCGGAGAAGGCAUACAGAAAUGCUCUGCAAUACCGAGGAAACAUGGCUGACAUGCUGUAUAACCUGGGUCUGCUGCUGCAGGAGAACGAGCGUUUCCCUGAAGCGCUGCAUUAUUACAAACUCGCCAUUAGCAGUCGACCGACUCUGGCGUCCGCCUACUUGAACACAGGAAUUAUCCUGAUGAAUUGGGGAAAUCUGGAAGAGGCCAAACGCACCUUCCUUACUUGUGCCGACAUCCCUGAUGAAAACUUAAAGGAUCCCCAUGCACACAAGACCUCCGUCACCAGCUGCCUGUAUAACCUGGGAAAACUCCUGCAUGAACAGGGUCACCAUGAGGAAGCUCUGUCUUUUUACAACAAAGCGGUGCAGAAAAUGCCCCGUCAGUUUGCACCACACAGCCUUUUCAACAUGAUCGGAGAGGCUUACAUGAGGCUGAACCGGCUUGAGGACGCAGCCCACUGGUACAGAGAAUCCCUCAGAACCAAGCCUGACCAUAUCCCUGCUCACCUCACUUAUGGAAAACUCCUGUCCAUCACAGGGCAGAGAACAGACGCAGAGAAAUAUUAUCUGAGAGCAAUUCAACUAGACCCAACAAAAGGAAACUGCUACAUGCACUACGGUCAGUUCCUGUUGGAGCAGAAUCGUCUGGGUGAAGCUGCAGAGAUGGCAGAGAAAGCUGCAGAGUUGGAUUCAUCCGAGUUUGAUGUGGUCUUCAGUGCUGCACAUAUGCUCAGACAAGCCAACCUGAACGAGGCGGCAGAGAGGCAAUAUGAGCGAGCAGCCAGCCUUAGACCAGAUAGUCCAGCUGCUUUGAUGAACCUUGGCGCCAUCCUCCACUUGAACGGUAAGCUUUCAGAAGCGGAGGCGAACUACCUGCGAGCUCUCCAGCUCAAACCUGACGACGCCAUUACCCAGUCCAACCUGCGCAAGCUGUGGAACAUCAUGGAGAGGCAGGGAGUCAGGACUAAACUGGGGAUGCAGAAAGUCGGCCUCUGAGAUAAGAGUUCCCCUCUGUGAUCGUCUCAGAGAACAAAGAAGGAAAAGAAAGAGCUGGAACCCCAAAUCUCCUCCUGAUGCUUGUGAAAGACACUUUAGGACUUUGGUAUGCGUAGGGUCUAUGAACCAGGUUCUGCCUGACACCACCAGUGCAAUAUUGUGGCUCAGACUACUAAAAUGAAAACUAUAGAUAAACUCUAUAGAACACUUUUGUUGAAACAAACUGCAAGAUCAUUUCAAAAGUUUCUGUCCUGUAACCAUGCUUUAUUAUUUGACUGUAAUCUGGAGAAGUUCAGGGCACCUCUUUGAAUGAAAUUUCUGCAGAAAAAGUUUGAAAGUCUAAGCUUUGUUAUUCCGGAUGGGUUUGAUGCAUCUGUUUUAGGCUGAAGAAUCUGGAUUUCUGUUUGCUGCUGCAUGCACCAACCCACCAAGUUGUGGCCAUUCAAAGUGCAUCUUUUCCUCCAAGCGUAAAUCUGGAAUCGGUUCAGGAAAGCAGCGCAACGAAAGCAUGCCGAGGAACAGGAGAAUUUUGGUACCACUUUUAAAACUAAAGAAAACUUGAUUGGCGUCCAGUCAGCCUCUGAAGAUCGUCUGCUUUGUAAAAAUGAACUUGUCAGCGGUGCCAAAGCUUGUUCUUCACACCUGUGUGCCAAGCAAGAACUGUUCUUCGUUGAAUUUUUUUUUUUUUUUAUGUUAUGUGAUUGAAAUAUUACAUUUAAUUUAUUUAUUAAUUAUUUUAUAAAAAAUGUCAACACUGUGUCAGAGUAUAUCAUACCAGACUUCUCUAAACAGGCUUCACAGUCACAUUCAGAUGGUUUUACUUUUGCUUUGUCUCUGUCUGCUCAGGGACAUCAGGUUGUGGUUCCUCGUGCAGAAAUGAAGAUCUGUGACUCAGAGAGAGCUUUAUCAAAGUAUGGCAGAUGUUUUUUGUUUUUUUAAAUGUGAAGAUAGAAACAUGUAGCUGGUUAUGUAUUGUGCUUUGUAAAACAACAGUGAACCCCUUUUCUGAAAUAAAAAUAAAUUGUUUUUUUUUUGUUG